AUGAGAUAUUUUACAAUCUCUGAUGAUGUGCAUGUGAACCUCACUCAGGAAAAAUGGGCUUUCCUAGAUACUUCCCAGAAGAGUCUCUACAAAGAUGUGAUGCUGGAAACCUAUAGUAACCUCAGUGCUAUAGGCAUGAAAGAAGUCAUAUUAAAGAGAAAUCCUCUGAAUAUACUCAAUGUGGUAAAGCCUUUGCACAUCACAAUUACCAUUAAAAGCAUGAAAGAAUUCUUACUGGAGAGAAACCCAAUGAAUGUAAUAAAACCUUUGUAUAUCACAGUCAUCUCUGAAUAUAUAAAAGAAUACAUUCUGGAGAGAACCCCUACAAAUGUAAUCAAUGUGGUAAAGUCUUUGCACAUAACAGUUAUUUUGAAAUACAUAAAAGAACACAUACUGGAGAGAAGCCCAAUGAAAGUCAUUAAUGUGAUAAAGCCUUUUCACAACACAGGUGAGCUUUUCAGUGUUGCCCUGGAUAGUUCACCCCUUGCAGCCAUGAGUAAAGUGUGA